GGGCGGGGCGGGCGCUAAAGGGAGGGGCUGCCGCCGGAGAGGGAGAGCCCCGGAGCGGCGUCUCAGUUCCCGCCAUGAACGCCAGCGGUCCGGGCUACCCGCUCGCCUCGCUCUAUGUGGGCGACCUGCACCCCGACGUGACCGAGGCCAUGCUGUAUGAGAAGUUCUCGCCCGCCGGCCCCAUCCUGUCCAUCCGCGUGUGCCGCGACGUGGCCACCCGCCGCUCGCUGGGCUACGCCUACAUCAACUUCCAACAGCCCGCCGACGCGGAGCGGGCACUGGACACCAUGAACUUCGAAGUGAUCAGAGGACAGCCCAUCCGCAUCAUGUGGUCCCAGCGGGACCCAGGACUCCGCAAGUCGGGUGUGGGCAACAUCUUCAUCAAGAACCUGGAGGACUCCAUAGACAACAAGGCCUUAUAUGACACCUUCUCCACCUUUGGGAACAUCCUCUCUUGCAAGGUGGUGUGUGACAAUCAUGGUUCUCGAGGCUUUGGCUUCGUCCACUUUGAAACCCAUGAGGCCGCUCAGCAGGCUAUCGUCACCAUGAACGGGAUGCUGCUGAAUGACCGCAAAGUCUUUGUUGGCCACUUCAAGUCUCGACGGGAGAGGGAAGCAGAGCUGGGAGCUCGGGCCAUGGAGUUCACCAACAUUUAUGUGAAGAACCUCCACGUGGACGUGGACGAGCAGGGCCUACAGGACCUCUUCUCCCAGUUUGGGAAGAUGCUGAGUGUGAAGGUGAUGAGGGAUGACAGCGGCCACUCCCGGGGCUUCGGCUUUGUCAACUUUGAGAAGCAUGAGGAAGCCCAGAAGGCCGUGACGGACAUGAAUGGGAAGGAGGUGAGAGGGCGGCUACUGUACGUGGGCCGGGCCCAGAAGCGGGUGGAAAGGCAGAAUGAGCUGAAGCGUAGGUUCGAGCAGAUGAAGCAGGACCGGCUGACCCGUUACCAGGGUGUGAACCUGUAUGUUAAGAACCUGGAUGACUCCAUCGAUGAUGAGAAGCUGAGAAGAGAGUUCUCUCCCUAUGGAGUGAUUACCAGUGCCAAGGUGAUGACAGAGGGUGGCCACAGCAAGGGGUUUGGCUUUGUGUGUUUUUCCUCUCCAGAAGAGGCGACAAAGGCCGUGACAGAGAUGAACGGGCGCAUCGUGGGCACCAAGCCGCUGUACGUGGCCCUGGCCCAGCGCAAAGAGGAACGGAAGGCCAUCUUGACCAACCAGUACAUGCAGCGCCUGUCUACUGUGCGGGCCCUGGGUGGCCCCCUCUUGGGCUCCUUCCAGCAGCCCGCCAGCUACUUCCUGCCCGCUGUGCCCCAGCCUCCUGCCCAGACUGCGUACUAUGCAUCCAGCUCUCCCAUGCAGCCUGCCCCCAGGUGGACGGCCCAGCCUCCGAGACCCUCGAGUGAGUGACUCCGCCCCUUGUACCCUCAGCCUGGCCCACAGAUGGUGGACCCCUCAGGGCAGCAUGGAACCUGGGGCUAUGAACACAGGCUUUGGGGGCAAGCCUGGCUCUACUUCCCAGGGUGUUCAUUUGGGUGGGUAACUUCACCUCUCUGAACCUCAGUUUCCCCUUCUGAAUGAGGUGUGCAUAAAGCCCCAAGCAGUGCCGACCUUGUGAAAGACUAGCGGUGCAGCCAUUCUCUUCAGUUAGCUCCCAACACUUGUCUGAUCUGUGACCAUCAGAACGCACUCCCAUGGCAGUCUUGCCCCUCCGGCCCCUCUCUGGGAGCAGAGCUCACCCUCCCUUGCAGCUGCCUGGGGACCCAGCGGGUGUGAUCAUGCGGUCUGUGCGUCCUGGGGCUCUGUGUAGAAACAAGUCGGCUUUGUAAUUGAAGACUUCCACACACUCCCCUUCCCUGGAGUUCUGGGUCUGCCUGACUAGGUGAAUUCACCCAUCUUUUUUGCUGCGAAUGUUCUACUUCCCUUUCCCACCCAUUGCCUUUCUCACCCCAGAACCUUCAGGGCGCAGUGCGCCGCUCUGAUUGUCCUGCCCCUGCCCCACCGACCUUUCUCUCCGUGUUCUUUGUGCCACAAGCCACCUACCCUCCAGCUGCCUCAAUGAUCCGACCACCAGCCAUGUUGCGGCG